AGAGAGAAGGAGAGAAGGUGCCCGGUGUAUUUUGCGGCCUAUGUGGUAGUCUAACUGUAAGGUUGCAUUUAAGCAACCUGCUUAUGGGAGGGGGUGUUAUGUCCAAAUCUGAUUCUUUUUGUUUUUCAGGUAAUCAAACUCCUCCCCUAUAGUUUCCCUCUUAAUCUCUGACACCUGCUGGGAGGUCUUUAAAAGCCCAACCAAGCUCCACCCACUCUCUCUCUUCAACCAUGCAGCCUGGGCCAGCUGCAUUGUCACCAGCCUCCAUUUUCAGCUUUUGGUUAUCCUUUGUUUCCUUUUGUGCAAUAAAUGUUACUUUAAUUGCUACACAUGUUGUCUGACUCCUCUAUGUUGCUUCCCAAGAGCCGGGGUUGUAACAAUUCUCAAUCUUCUUUCUGCUAUCUGAUAGUUUCCUCUUUAAUUGUUUGACUUCUUUGUUUCUCCGGGGGAUUUUAGUGGGGCUGAACUGCCCUUGCAGCACAUGUACUUAUGCCCAGCUAGACAGCCAGUUAACAGACAAAGUCCCCCAAUAAAAACUACAAGGCUUGACUUUUCUUGUGUUUUACCGGUCUUCUUUGUUUGUUUGCUUUUUGCUUUUUCCUUUUUAAAACUGAGAAACAUAGCAGAAACAAGAACAUAGAUUUGCAUUACAUAAAACACAUCACUGAGUCAUCAAUCAAUAACUGAACAGAGCUACAGCCUGUUGCUAGCUAGCGGAGCACAUGUUCUACAAAAAUAAUCACAUUAAUCUCCACUCUGCUAUUUAAAAUAAAAACACAAACGUCUACUAAUGUACAGAGUAUUACAGAAUAAUUCACAGAAUACUUACAGAUAAAUAUUCAAGGCUGAAGCACAGAAAACUCUCAGCAUAACAUGAAUGUGGCUGUCUGCCUGGCCUGUGUGAGCUCCAGCAAGAUGCAGGCCAAACUCGGAACUGGGAUUGAUACGGUUUCCAGUCCGGAAAGGUACAAAAGAACACCCGUUCUACCCGGAGGUCUCAUCAUCAAACUCGGGCAAGGUCCAGGUAGACCGAGUCAGUAGAAUUGACGUCACGACGAAGAUGGCUGCGCACAUUGUGAAUGGUAAACAAAGUUAUUUGUCCUCGUAUAUGCUGUUUAAUUAAGCGUUUGUGUUGUAAAAAUCAUACAAGUACUUUGCAAUGGCAUUUCUAUUUCCACUGUUGAUUAGUGUUGGAAAAAAAGUCUGUGCAAGCCCGUUGUAGCCUAAAGUCAUAUGAACCAGCAAUGUCUAUGGCUAGACUACAUUGUAGGCUAUUCUCUUUCUGCUCCUAUGUAGAAUAGCUUCAUUUUUCAUUGCACCUAUGAUCAUCUUAAGCAUUUAAAAUGCAUGUUCAGGUGUUGAUCACCAGUGUUCGUUUCCAGAGCUUGUGUACAUGUCUUGUAAAGUCAGCCUAGUAGGUUGAAACAAGUGUAAAAUGGAUGAGGUGGAUAGAUAUACAUGCAAGGACCAGGCUAAAAUGGAAUGUGUCUUUCUUUACCUCUGUUGUUACAGUAUACGCAGAUGAAAACUCUACUCUAUUUCUUGAUCGAGCGCUGAGCAAGCCCCUGAACCGCCUCCCUUAUCGAACAGCUUCAGACCCCCAUACCCUCUUUCUGGAUGAGCAAAUGACUGUUCGGCUUGAAAUACAUUUACCUGGGCUGCAAAAUGCUGCUGACGGUGCCAGUGGGGAGGCAAUGGAGGCGCAAAGUGACCCGACAAGUCCCACAGAGCCUCCAAAUGAAACAAUGCAGAACAAUGAAGAGUCCAAUAAGGAGGCAAUGGAGGAGCAAAGUGACCUGUCCACAGAGGUUCCAAAUGUACCCAUGCAGGUGAAUGAAGUGUUCACUAGGGACCUAACUUUGUUCCUCAUAGAUUUGAUGAGGCACAGGAUGGAAGAGGAUGGGGGGGACUUACCGAGGUCCUUGAAGGAGCUCAAUGCCAGGGUGAGGCUGGGAAAAAGGUCCAAGAAGCAAAUGUGGCAAGAAAUGGCUGCCAAACUUACCAACCAUUUCGGUGUUGUUUUUGGGCCUGACAAGGUUGCCAGAAAAUGGGGGACCUUGGAGGAGAGCUAUAAACGGAUCAAAGACAACAACCGCACAACGGGCCAGGGGACAAUGCGGUUCCAGUUUUACGCGCAGAUGGAGGAACUGUUGGGCGGCCACCAUGACGUUACUUAUCCUGCUGUGGGUACAGCUCAAGGAUUAGAAAUCAGGAGACCUGAAGAUCUGCGUCUCCCAGACCUGUCCAGCUGUCCCCCAGGCUCCUCCACCAGUCUGCCAGGCUCCUCCACCACUUUGCCAGGCGCCUCCACCACUCUGCCAGUCUCCUUCAGCCGCCCCCCAGGCUCCUCCACCACUCUGCCAGGCGCCUCCACCACUCUGCCAGUCUUCUUCAGCUGCCCCCCAGGCUCCUCCACCACUCUGCCAGGCUCUUCCACCAGCCUGCCAGGCUCCUCCAGCCGUCACCCCUAUAGACGUUGCCGGCCAGAGGAAAUUCCCCUCGCUGGAGUCAUUCGAGAAGUGGAGGCUGCAAGCCAACAAAGACAUUUGGAGCUCAUGGCCCUGUUGACGCGCUCCAAUGAAUCAUUUGAAAAUCUCAUGGGUCAUUUUCUUGACAAAGACUGAACCCAGGAAGAAUCCUCAUUAUAAAAAGUAUUUGUCUGGUACACAGUGUGUUAAUCAUCCUAAUUUAUUUAAGAUAUUUUACUUUUUACUCUGCUUUUUUCAAGAACUAUCUUAUUUCUAACCACGUGUGCUGUUUUUUAUUUAAUAAAA